GCGAGGUCAUCAGUCGCCCCUUCGACAGUGGCGAGGCCGAUUCAGAAGGGCCACACCCCUCAGCCGACUCAGUGGCUGCUCCAGCCCCAUCGGUGGAUGACCCGAUGGAGGUUGACGCACCCCCUGAGCCGACCGCUGAGGAGAGCCUAGAUGAGGAGGUGGUCUUGGAGUCUGGCAUGGUCCCCGAUUACGACCUCCCGGACUAUGACGAGUAG